AUGUGUCACAAGCAAGAAAACUAUGGGCUUAUUGCUCCACUCGAUGAACACCUCCUCGAACAGAAGCUAUUACCGCAGAAAGAGGGAACUCCUUGGACGAAUAGCAGUCUCCGGAAAGAGCUGAAGGCAAUUGGAGUAGAGUGCCCAUCAUGUCUCCGUCCUAGGACUCGUCCACCUUUACCCUUCAAGCGCGACUCGACAGUGGGGUACUUUGAAGAGAAGACAGACGACGGAUUCCCAAAACGAAAGGCCCCCAUGAAGACUGUUGGUCAGAUGCUGAAAGGCAUGAUGUCUUUUCUGGAGACCGUCGUCACAUCUGAGUUGGCUCUACGAGAGCUGCGGAAGCAGUUGAACGACGAAACACCCGUGGAUAUGGAUCAGCUCCAAGACUUGGAGCCGGAUGAUGAAUUCCGCCUACACGCAUUAUCGAAGACUUUGAAGUACCAUACAGACGCAUUGAUGAGAGACCAGGACGAUAUGUGCCGAGAUGAGGCAACGAACAAAAAGCUGGUUGAAGAAAACGACAUUGUGCUGAUGGAGAGCUCGUUCGACGUGACAGAGAGCUAUGCUACCAAAUUUGGGAAAUCAAUAGAGCCUCACAGUGGUAUCUGUGAAAGCUCACGCGCUGUGCAGAAGACCAACAAAUACCGGCCUUACAAGAUCGAGGACGUUGGCAAGGAAACCUUCACAGCAAAGGCAAUGUCUACAUUUGGAGACAACACGCUGAGAAAAGUGGCCAAGGAGAACCACAAGCAGUACAUGUUGAUUGAGGCGGUCGAUGAGGGCGUUGAAGUUCCAACAACACCCGGGAAGAUGGUGGUACAGCGCGGAGUGAACGGGUUUCUUCACGCCCAGGCCGAGACAAGACGCUAUGACGAGCCGAUGAUGGCUUUUGAGGGCAAGUUUCCUCUUCGCAGCAAGAUCAUAUCCUCCUGCUACUCCGACAUCCUCGCACACCAAGUCCACAUGACUCGUAUGAGCAAGUGGCUUGCCGAUGGACUCCCACAAGAUGUUCUCGAUGGAUAUCAGCAAGAUGCCCGGGCCAUGUACACAAGGAACACCCAGGGCUUGCAAAUUGUGGACGAUGUUUUCAAAUACAGCAUGGAGCAUCUUGGCGAAGAAAUUGAGGGCGAUGAGGAAAAGGAGACGAAAGAAGAAGACGACGCGCCUCAUGUUGAUGACGAGUACAACUUGAAGAUCGGCGACGACCACAAAGACUGCGCCAGCGCUCAAACGUUUACAUCUCCAUCGUCUGACUCCAGUCGGGUUUUAGCGGAGCAUGAAAAAGGAAGCAACGCAGAUAGUGUCGUGGGAUUUGCGUCCAUCAAGUCGCGGUCGAGCGAGCAGCAGAUUCUGUCGCCCGCUUUGGCCCAUUUCUGCGCAUUGGCGUCGGUUGAAGAUUCUCAGCACGUCACGCUUGAUGUGCAGCAGAGAUACACACAAGACGAUGGGCAAAACCUUGGCAAGAGCUCAGACCAGGAAGGCCCUCCACGCAAGCGUCUUAAGAUAGACCAUGAUGACGUGCACUCCUCAUCGAUGCACUCCAAUGGUUCAAACGAUGAAGGCAAUCUCAACCCCAGCAGAUGCGACGAAGCCCAGUUACUUGAUGACUUCACUGCUGCCGUGGAUUCAUCAUCGAACGCUGUUCAGGCAACUUCCACACGGUCUCAGCUGAUGCCGCCGUCAGCAGUAGCAAGAUUUACACCAGCAGCGAAUCAACCGCGCUCUCAACUGGGCUCAUUCAGGGAAACAGAUGCGACUAGACGCGCCUACAGAGACAGCGCCUCAGCUUUGGCCAGUCACGCUGCUCGAGCCUUAGCUCCAUACUCGCUAAGCAUGACCACUUUGUUCUGGUUCGUGGUAAACUUGUUCAGAUCUAUUCCUGACCUGCCUGAUUCUUCCCCGAAAGACUCUGAUCUGCCUGUCGCAAGUGCCUCGUCCCAACCGUCCGCUGCUCCUCAGGCAGUCAAUGAAAGGCCGUCUACCAGCAGGGGUCAAGCACGAGAGCGUAGAGGUCACUUUGCCAAUGCUGAAAUUCGUCGAAACGCUCCACCAACAGAUGGAGGUGACUCCGUCACACCAUCUAUCACUCGAUUCAAACUACCACCAUAUGAUGAUGCUCAAAAGUUUCUUGCUUUUCUGCAUCGCGCAGUCGAGCUUUGGGCUCAGAGAGAGACAUUGGAAGACGAGAUUCGGGUUCUUGACCAGGAUGUUCCACACUUCCUGUCCCUUCUCGAAUACCGUUCAGCUGAAUUGAAAAGAGUCACCACAAAGCCUGAAGACCCGCGACUGAAAGAGAUAGUCUGGGGCCUUGAAGAAGAGGUCAAAGAAUUAGAAAAUGCCCUGGAAGGUGACACGGGCUUGCUGUCUCAAUUUGAGCGUGUCAAGGCGAGCAGGCAACUGAUAAAAGUCAACCAGAACCUUCUUUUCAAGAAGAUUUUUCGGAGCUCUCAGUACUUUGUCGACCAAAGCCAGGGUACAGGUAUGAUCGGAAAUAUUCAAGUUGACGACAAGUUUUGCUGCGCGCUUUGGGACACGUCAGAAGGCAAGUCAUCGAAUGAAUCAUGA